CUGACAACGAUUCAACGGAGUGAACAUAAGAAUGUGACGAGGGAUCUAGCUUUUUGAUCGUAUUUACAGUUUAAACGCACAUUUACCCCUAGUCUUUGACCAUGGCCUCAAGCGUGACUGACGACGACUACGAUUCGGACGAUUCCUGUGGGAGCAGUGACACGGGGGCCAUCAAUGACUCGGACACAGAUAGUGGCAACUCCUCAGACGCAGACACCAGGACCACUGAUGCCACGGAUCAGUUGUCUGAUGUCGGGAGCGAUGAGGAAGAAGACGAGGAUGAAGAUGGUACAGAGGAUGAAGCCAAUAUUGCCUGGAGUGGUGUGCGCAAAACCAUUCCCAUUAUGCUUUUCAGACCAGAGUGCAUCUACACCAAAGUUCGUAGACUCUAUGCUACCGGUGAAAAAUACCACCUGGCUUACAAGAUGGUCCGCACAGAAUGCAAGGUUGUCCAUCAGAUCCUUCGUAAGCAUGGAUUCCGUGAUGUCCAUCCCAACAGUUCAGAUUUCAACCUGAUGUGGACAGGGUCCCAUGUCAAACCUUACACACUACGCUCCUUGACAGAAUUCCAGAAAGUUAACCAUUUUCCAAGGUCUUAUGAAAUCACACGGAAGGACAGACUUUACAAGAACUUUCAACGAAUGCAGCAGUCAAAGGGUGUGCGCCAUUUUGAUUUUCUCCCACAGACGUUUGUCACACCAACAGAGUACGAUGAUCUGGUCGCUGCACACAUGAAGGAGAGGGGCACAUGGAUUGUCAAACCGGUGGCCUCUUCUAGAGGAAGAGGCAUCUCGCUCAUCAAUAAUCCACAACAUGUACCAAUGGAUGGCAACCAUGUGGUUUCACGGUACAUCAGUAAUCCACUCUUGAUAGAUGGUUUCAAGUUUGACUGCAGAUUGUACGUCGCUGUCACAUCUUUUGACCCACUCAGGGCGUACUUGUAUGAAGAGGGGCUAGCAAGAUUUGCCACAGUCCAGUACAACCACACCAACAAGACCAUCAAGAACGUCAUGAUGCAUCUCACUAACUACAGCCUCAACAAGCGGAGUAAUGACUACGUCAGGUGCAAUGAUCUGAACAUUGAAGACUACGGCAACAAGUGGAGCUUUGGGGCCAUGGUCAGAUACCUCCAGAAGAAAGGAAAAGAUGUCAAGGGUAUGCUUGGUCGCAUUGAGGAGGUUGUCAGCAAGACGCUGCUGUGUGCUGAGCUGCCCGUAGCUACGGCCUGCAAGAUGUUCAUGCCGCACCGUGGGAAUUGUUUCGAGUUGUAUGGCUUUGAUAUUCUCAUUGAUGAGAACUUGAAACCCUGGGUGCUAGAAGUCAACCUCUCUCCCUCCCUAGCCUGUGAUGCACCCAUUGACUUGAAGAUCAAAUCCAACAUGGUGUCCGAUCUCUUUAGCUUGAUUGGUUUCAUAGCACAGGACCCCAUGAUGCGCCGGAUAUCGCAGAGCAAACGCAACCAGGAGCUGGCCGCCAGCAGCGUGCUAAGGCAACAGCGUCAGAGACCCCAAUCUGCUAGUGUCUCUAGUCGUCCCAGCUCCGCUAAAAAGUCCAAAGACGUAGGGAACCAGAGUGAGAAGGCUCUUACUGCUGAGGAGAGGAGGGUGGUGACUGAGAGCAAAGAUGAGUACCAGCGACGUGUUGUUUUUGUUAAUGUGGUGUCAUCCUGUUUUUACAAAUACAGAAAUUUCUUAGAGAGUCGUACCAACUUGAACCAAGUGCUGCACAGCCGUCUGUACCCAGACAAUAUGUUCGAUUUGUCGUCAGGCACUGGCCUUUUCACUAGGGCAAAGAAAGUGACAAGCACCAUUUUGCAGGAAUUAGCAGACCGGGAGCUCCAGGAGCACCUCUGCCAGUUCACACGGAAGUUGGACACCACAGAAAAUGUGUCAGGUCGAAAGCAGGUGCGCAACAAAGUGCGUCAGCGCUACCCGACUCUCAAGAGGAUGUUCAGUGCUGGUGUGAUGCGCAGUGCAGUCAAAAGUGAACGGCAGGAGAGAGAACCUCUGGUCCAAGGCAAGCUUGAAGACACUCAAAAGUCCAGUGCCCAGGCUGUUCACAGUCGGUCCUCACAGCCAACAGGCCACAAGCCCGGUUCCUCCUCGGUCACUUCCAGCCAGAGCUCCUUGGCCAGUGGGAAGGCCCAGCAGGACGGUGGCAGAAGUGGGACACAGCAGGACGGUGGAAAGGGCAGGAUCAAUCCUUCGGGGAAGCCUCCUGUGGCACCACCUGCUGGUAGCAAGGACAACAAGGGGGCCCGGAUGGUGCUGGAGGUGCAGAAGCAGCCCUCGGCCAAGGAGAUCAGGGAGAGCAUCAACGUGCCUGAGAUCAUGAAUAGCGGGGGCGACAUUUCGAAGCUGCAAGCGAGGCUGGCAUUUGCCACUUACCUCUUGCGGGUGCAGCAGAGGUUACUGGAUGAAACGCACAAACCACCCGAGCUACUGGAGGAAUCUGCCCAGAAUGAUGAACAAAUGGACCUGGUUUUGCGAUUCCUGAAGAGAGCCGCAGGCAACCUGCAGCAGCCGUUCAAAGUCAUCGUGCCUAGCAGGAAGCUGCCCGCCCACGACAGGAGAAGAGUCCUGGCCAAGCAGCUGGUGGACUUUGUCCAGAUUUACAACAAGGAGACAGAACAGAUGGACUUACGCAGGAAGAUGGACCAGAAGCUAGGUAACCCUACCAAGGACAAAGAGAAUGACCCCACCGAGGAUCGCUUCAGCCAAUUCACCACCAUUGCCACGGAGAGCGAGCUGGAGGAACUCCUGACUACCUACACCAAGCAGAACAAGUCGGCCAGCAUCUUCCUGGGUACCAGCUGCAGCCCUGUCAGCUACAAGCACGUGGGUGACGUCAUGGCCCGCCCGGUCUCCUCCACCACCUCCGCCACCGUCGCAGGCCUGCCAGAGGGGGCCCAGCCGGGCUGCAGCAACACUGCCACCAGCUUACACCACCAGCGGCACCACUCCGGCGAAGGGAGCGCAGUGGCGCACGGUGGGGAGAGCAGAGACAAAGAAACAGGAGCAGGAGAUGCUGCAUACCCAAUUUCAGCCACCCAGAACCGGCGGCCACAGUCCACCCCUAGUGGGGGCCUUCGACCUACGUCAUCUGAUGCAGUGGCUACAUCAUCAUAUGGAGCCCAGACCAACAGUAGUAGGCAACGCCCAGUGUCCGCUAAGAUGGGUCACCGAGACACAGGAGGUAACUCCCAGCUGCUGCAUCGGCCAACAUCCGCUUUUGCGCAGAGAGAACCACCGGGCGGCGAAAUAGCUGCACGGCUCUUCUCAGAGAGCAGCCAGCAAGCAAUUCAAGAAGCCCUGCAACGUCUUGCCCGCCGACAGGCUGUCCGCCAGUACUCUGCCUCCAGCAGCCAAAACCAGAACGUGGUCACCCAGCAGUACCUGCAGCACUACAACAGUGGUGGCAGCGGUGGGAUAAUUCCAGCUCCCGCUACUGGUCACCACCACCAGGCAAGUGCGAGUCUAACCAGUGCAGCCAGGGCAUCUGCUCAUGCCUCCAGGAGCUCCAGCAGCCUGGUCAACCCCCACCAGCACCAGCACAGCCGGGGUCACAGCUGGGAUGGGCUGAGAAGCCAGAGCAACAGCACUUUGGAUGGCAGCAUGCCAACAUCUUGGACUGCUGCCCAGCCUUCUAUUAGCCAGUCGGCGAGCGCCAGCCAACUGAGAAAUCAGUUCAGCAGCCAGGACCUUCCUGUGAAUGGUACAAAUGUCAAGGGAACGGCAGACGAACCCAGGAAUGGAGAUGGUGAAAUGUUAUGGAAAAGGGACACAACUGGUGCCCAUCAUCCCCAGCAACAGCGGAUGCACAAUCCUUUGGGGAGCCAGCAUUUUCAGAAUGUGCUCCAGCAGAAUGGCUUGAGGUCCCCGUCCAAUCCAAGCAGCGACGAAGGAGGUAGGGCAGCCCAGAAACAACCCCUGAGCCUUCAAGAGAAGAGGCAGAUUUCCCAUGACAUGACCCAGCAGAGCAAGGCAAAACACCAAGAAAAGAUUGCUCAAGCUCACUCAAAUGCCUCGGCCCUUCGAGAGGCCCUCCAGCGGAAUGCAGCCUCCAGUGGUCAUCCAACUGGUCACUCUAGCAACCAUGCCCCUGGCCAGAUCAAGCCCAGGCCCCCAGUCAAAUCCUCUCAGGCCCGGAAGCCAGUCAGUGUUCAACGUAUGGCAAGGACCACCCAGUUAGACGAGCCCUCCCCCACGGCACCUUCCCAACCAUCCCCGACCUUCUACUCAGGCUUGAAGUACAACAAUAUGACAGGCACCACCAAGGUUCCCUCCUCGGGCAUAAGCAAUAUCUACAACUCUGGUUACCAGUCUGCUGUUGUUAGACAUUGAUGAUCAUCCAACUUGCCCGUCUAUCCUACCUGCUUGCCUUCCUUGGAUCAGAUGCGUGUGGCCUGUCCCGACUCCAGUCCUCCAGAUUACUUCCUGUCCACCGAUGCCUCCCACCAGAAUUAGUGUAUUUGUUUUGGUUUUUUUUGUUUUUAGAAAUAACACGAUUAUUAGGAGAUGAGGGGAUAGAAUGGUAUUUUUGCAAACCCUACCAGUCCUGAAUCCCGGAACUGCUGGGGGAUUAAGGACUGUUAGCGUUAAUGAGAAUUCAGUUUGUCAUUUUUGUGUUGAAUUGUAAACCAGGUGUGCUCUGUAGACUUGGGAAAAUGUCAACCAGGGAAAAAAUUCAUGCAGUGCCAAAGCAAUUUGCAAAGCGUUGCAAAAUGUAUGCUGAGGAGACAGUUACCCAUCAAAAUGGAACUAGUUCUUGGCUGAUUAUUCUCUGGGGCCCCAACAUUUUCUGACCGGUGUUUUUUUGUCCAGGUUUGCCAGGGAAAAUUGGCCCAGGAUAUCGGAGGAAAGGAAUCAGGGAGUGGCACCUCAAUGAAAGUAUAGCAAGUACAGUCAAUUUCUGAACUGUUCUCUCUUUUGAGGGAAGCGUCCAAAAUGACUCUGGAGUUUGCAUCGGUCAGAUGUCUGUAAAGUGAAUAUUCAGUCAGAUGGAAUUCUGUUCUCAAUGUAUUGAGAACCAAACUUUGUUGAUGAUAAAAAUGAGAUAUAGAGGGCAUGAGUUGACAAAACUUGGAUCUUUAGAACGGGCCCCACAUUUGCUUCCAAAGUUUGCUUUUAACCAACCACACCUAACAGGUGAUUUGGAUUUAAUAGCAUUUUUUUUUUAAUUCUGUGAAAUCAAAUCAACCUUUUGACAAGGUCAGGUGAUUGUGGAAACUCAACCCCCAGUGAACCGAAUUCUCUGAAUAUUGCAAAUAAUGCGAGAAGCAAAACCCAUCUCAGGUUUCUGUCAGUACCUGCUGUAUGUCACUGCUUAUUCCUUACACUACAGUUGGUGGAAAAAACAGGGAAAGGAGAAACCUUUUAAAGAGUUAAUGUUCUCAUUGGUCACAUUUGGAACCCUCUGAGAUACCAUAUCUGGGUAGUAAUCAAAACAUUCUCUGAGUCGUAGGUGUUUAUGGUUUUGUCACAUAAUGCCUAAAUAACAUUAAUGUACUCUACAUGAACCCUGAAAUUGAACGGUCAAGGGGGAGGUUAGGGAGUGUGGGGCAGCCAGACAAUAACAAUGUAACAGAAACCCUGGGGGGGAGGUUUCAAGUCCUGGUGUUUGGCAGGUUGAGGCAAACCGCCAGGAGGAGUCGGCAUGCGAUCUGUAGUCAUGCUGGGUCUGAUGUAAGGCAACACCACAAGACGAUUAUGACAGCGGCGGGGUAUCUCAGUUCCCCGACCAGUGAACACAGCGCUGUAGUCAGUGGUAGUUUGGGGAGGGGGGCGUUGAGGUAGUGAUGUAUGAAUAGGCCCCAGCAGCAGGCCCACGGGAGCUCUCUCCCCGUUGCUGGGUUGAGGUAGAAGGUGAAUUAGCUUGGGACAGGACAAAAGUUGAGCCAAAGGAAGAAGGUUAGGUAGAGGCCAUCCUCAGAAUGCUUUGAUGGAGGAAAUCAUUGGGAAAGGAAAGAAGUCAGGGAGUACCGCAGUUGCUUGAUGAGUUUAAGACACACCCCUCAAAAUAAACACUACAUGUACUUUCAAGAUGUGAUCAUGAUGGUCACUUUCUCAAUUUGGGACAUUUACACUUGUGAUUUCUUUCAGUGUUAAGUUCCGAUAUAUAUAAAACAGUGUAAAGCGGAUAGGCAUUGCUAUGGCAUCAGUCUUUCCUUUCCCAAUCGAUUCCCCUCCCCCACACAACCAACCUGCUCCUCCCCUUUAACCUCCAUCAACCAACCCAUCAAACACGUGUGUGCUGUGCUCAAAUCCUCUCACCUCCACACAAAACACCUGCUUUUCACUUUUAAUUUACCCUUUUUCUCCCUUACUCAACCCAAAGAAUAUGCAAUAAUUCAGACCUGAAUUAAAGGUCUUUUUAAAGACCCGACUCUUUUUCUGUGCUAAAUUGUAAAUACAUGUAGUUUGCCUUCAUAUGGUUACAGGGUAGCCCUCAUUGGGAACAAUUCUGGUAAACUCUGUAGAUUAAAGGGUCAUUGGCCUGAAGUUUAUCAUAUCCACAUCCUAGCAUGCGUGUUGGAGGCUUGUUUACUGCAUUCAUAUGGCGACGUAUUCAGUGAGAACCCUUUUUAGCCCAGACGAAAUAUACUGUUGCUGCCUUUUUCCCCCUCUAUUGUUGUCCCGUUGCCGUGGCAACCUUAAUGACUGGGUGGGGAGGCCGACCAACGACGGGAAACAAUAGACCCAUCAGGAUGUCUGCCCAAGCGGUGGGGUUGUGUGUAGUUCCUGUCGGCGUAGUAGUUCGGGCACAAAUACGCUAGGUCUUCCGGCGAGAUGAUAAUAUCAUAUCAUGUCCACACCGGACGUACCAGGACCUUCGGGAUUGGGGAAGUGGGAAGUGAGCACAUGGGUGUAUGUUACCAGUGUACAACCCGCAUGCAACACUAGUUAGUGAACUAACACCAGUGAACUUUUGCCUUUGAAUUGGUGGCGACUUGUGCAACGAAUUGACAGUGGGGAGGGAAUACGAUGACAGAAGAUGACACAAAUUUCAUUUUCCGACUUUGGCCGCCUUUGGAGGAAUUGACACUGCGUCUUGCAACAUGCACAGGCCCUUUGUGUCUCGCCUGUUAACCAAUUUUAAUGUCCUCCAAUCUCUGUUUUGUUUAUCGAUUAUCAGGGAGCUCUUGCAGAGUAUAAAGCUUCAGUGUUGGGAGGAAAAUAUAUUUAAAAAAAAUUCUUUUAUCUCGCCUGUCAAAAUAUGGCAAUACGGCAUGCUGCACUCUUUUCCCAUCACCACUUGCCGUCUUUUUGUUCCCACACCCAAAAUAUGAUGGGGGGAGACAUGUCCAGAAGUCCACUUCUUCAUUUGCAGGCGUUUUUAGGAGGAGAAAAGCCAAUUAGCUUAAAUUGUGUGAAGUUCGGGUUUUUCAAAAAUUAAGAGAAGAGGUCGGGAGAGCCCCUCGGAAGGGACAAAAUUGCAAUGUGUGUGUGCCAUGAACAGGUUGGGUUUCCACCCUCUCCCGUUGCGUAACAUUGUUCGUCUAGUGUGGACAUUCGUAUGCACAUGUGCAGUUAACAAAUCUGGAUGAAAAUACUCAUCAACACUGUUAACACUCUUUGUGUACCCAACGUCUUCAUGAUAUACACAGUGUGUGGACAUUUGUCGUUCUCAUAUCCACAAAAAGAGCAGCAUGCUUGCACCAUGAAGGAAGGAAAGCUAGAGUUCCCUGCGUGUCCCGUGGGUCAGGGGCGGUCACCAACGGUUCCUCUAUGGUUCAACGAGGUAACACUUUGUGUAACUUCCCCAUCCACCGGUCACAUUGCUUUGUCAGUGAUGAACUCCGAGGAAUUCCCCUUGAUCUCUUGGUGCCUUCUGUUACGCACCUUUUAUGUAGUAUUGAUUAAAAUAAACCAAGGGGGAAGAGUUUGCAAAGUAUGACCCUUCUUUGGGGUGAUUAUUUUAGAUUUUUUGUUUCCACAUAUUUAAAUUCAACUAUGCUUGGUCCAACAUGAUUCUGUGUAAGUCUGUGUAUUAAAAUAAUGUACACUGCUUCUAGCGGGUUAGGUGUUCGGCUGCCUGCUGUUUACAGCUUGCCGGAUGGACAUGUAAGCACGCUUCUGUCAAGUGAAGGGGAGAAGUUGGGCAAUCGAGGACCAAAUGUCCUCUCAAGGGAUAACAAGGCCUCGGUGUACACCGUGACGGGCAUGGAUGUACAUGUACAUUAGGGAGCCUUUUCCUAUGGCUGCGAUCCCUUUCCCCUCGUGAUAAAGCUAAUGCGCAUGGGAACACUUUGUCAUGAUUAUAACAUUAACAUCACUCAGUCCCUCAGUAAGUGUACGCCCGGUACCCCUCCUGUGUGGGCCCGUACCCUUCAGCCCUCCAUGCAGCACCCUGCCUCCUAAGCUAUAUUGGACGGGAUCAUUCAUCUCUGUAUCUGUUGGAUGUUCCUCAUCUAAUUAACAGCAGCGUCAGCAAACCCAGCAAUGUGCUGUGUCGUACUUUAAUAACUUUUUUGACGUGUUAUGAAUAAUUCCUUUUUUAAAUUGUAAAUAUGUUGGCACGAUCUGAGAAUAAAUAAGAUCGAUUUAAA